AUGAGAGCCACAGACACCAUGGGGCUACAGACACCAUGGAGACACAGACGCCAUGGGAGCCACAGACACCAUGGGAGCCACAGACGCCAUGGAGCCACAGACGCCAUGGAGCCACAGACGCCAUGGGAGCCACAGACGCCAUGGAGCCACAGACGCCAUGCAGCCACAAACGCCAUGGGAGCCACAGACACCAUGAGAGCCACAGACGCCAUGGAGCCACAGACGCCAUUGGAGCCGCCGCAGGAGCCGCCGCAGGAGCCGCCGCAGGAGCCGCCGCAGGAGCUAAUGGUUUUAAAAACACUGCAUCUGGCCUGGUGCACGGACACAUGUGUGAGCUCUGCCCUAGGCCUGGUGCACGGACACAUGUGUGAGCUCUGCCCUGGGCUUGGUCAGUGUUGUGCAUGA